AUGGAGCAACCAACCACAUCCCAUUUCAAGCUCUCCGCAACGUUCUGCGGCACAUGCGAUGUCCGGUUCGACAACCCGGAUACUCGCCGAGCACACUCCAAAAGCCAAUGGCACGUCACGAAUCUCAAGCGUCGCAUUGCUGAGCUAGAACCACUCACGGCCGAGCAACACGCCGCUGCCGUAGCCGCCGCCCCGGAUAGCCCCACCACGGAACCGUCAUCGGAAGACUCCUCAUCCUCCGCCUCCGAUGUCGAGACAGACACCGAACCCGACUUUGUCCCUGAGGAGUGUCUUUUCUGCAACACGGUCUCGGAAAACUUUGAGGAGAAUAUCGCCCACAUGCACAAGUCACACGGCAUGUUCAUCCCCGACAAGGAGAGACUUAUUGUCGAUCUCGAGACUCUGGUACGAUACCUGCACCUCGUCGUCUUCGGGUACCGCGAAUGCCUCCAAUGUGGGACGCAACGCCGCACACCUGCCGCGGUUCAACAGCAUAUGAAGGGAAAGAACCACUGUCGCUUCGAUAUUCACGCCGAAGACUCCGAAUUCAGAGACUUUUACGAGAAAUUGGCCACCGACGAGGAGGCAGAGCAGGAGGGCAAGACGCGCAAGGCCAUCGUCGACGCCAUCGAAGAGGGCAGCUCUAUACGCCUACCCUCCGGAAAGACGCUGUCCCACCGCUCCGCUCCAGCACCAUCACGUCCUCGCAGAAAGCUCGGCGAAUCUUUGUCUGGCGAGAACCUUCUCCCCGAGGGCGUGAACGUGGACGAGUCGAAGGCGAGCAUGCAGCUUACCGCGCCCGGGAUGAAGAAUAGUUCCAAGGCGCUCACGCGUGCCGAGAAGCGCGAAGCCGUCUUUGAGACGCAGCUGGCGCGGUUGAGUGCCAACGAUCGCAUGGCCCUUGCUCAUCUUCCGGCUGCGGAGCAGAGGAGUUUGUUGCUGACGCAGCAUAAACAGUUGCAGAAGGCAGAAAGGGCUGCUAGGAGGACUCAUAUGAGGUUGCAGAUGAAGGGGAACAUUAGUGGACGGUUGAACUUGGUUGAUGAUGUGAUGGGGCCGAAGUUCAUGGUUGGAUUGUGGGGAUAA